AUGAACGGCGCCAACCCCAUCCUCAGCAUCGACGAGUUCUCCAAGAUCCGGAUUCUGGAAGCCUCUCAGUUUGAGGCCUCUGAGAAGCUGAAGGAAGAAUGCCGUGACUUUACAAGCAAAAUCAACGACUUCAACGAGAUUGUCGGGGGCAUCCUCGACAUGAUGCAGCAGAAAGCCAGGCAAAUCGAAGCCGAAAAGCUGAAGGUUAUUGGGCUGAGAAACCAGGUCGAAGGCGAGGUCGAAGCACGAAAGAGCAAGCAAACCGAGCUACAGACCUUGAUCAAAGAAAAGCAAGCAGAACUCGAUAGACUUGCUGCACAAGCCGAUUCGCUUGUCAAGGUGCAGAACGAGCAACAGACAUUGAUCGAAACUCUCAGCUUCAAAUAAUAGCCGGUCUCAGCCCAAGAACUAAGUGAGGAACAACGCUUCCCUCGACUGUCGCGAUGAUGGAGACUGCUUCCUUCACUCCUGGAUAUCGCGCUGCUGGAAUACUGGCGGGUAGAGCGGCGACAUUGAAAGCUAGGGACGUGAGCACUUUGGCUCCAUCAUCGCUGCCCGAA